CGACGACAACUUCCGCUUUCGUGAGCGGAGGCGGGAGAACAAGGGAGCCGAGCCGCCGCGCGGGAGAAGAGGAGGAAGGAUCAAUCGACGCAAGCGCAGAGGCGAACCGUGGCGGCCACUGGAAGGGGGGCGGUCCCUGAAGCUAUAGAGACAGAAAAGGCUAGACGCAACCCCCACCAGGCCACUGUGUUCUGCUUUAUGGAACCUGCAGUUUAGUCUGCGAGAGGGGAAGAAGCCAGUAUGGUUUCCAUGGGAAAGUGAAGGGAAAUGCCCAGCGUGGUGUAGUGGUUAGAGUGCUGGACUAGGACCGGGGAGACCUGAGUUCAAAUCCCCAUUCAGCCAUGAAACUAGCUGGGUGACUCUGGGCCAGUCAUAUAUCUCUCAGCCUAACCUACUUCACAGGGUUGUUGUGAAAAAAAAACUCAAGUAUGUAGUACACUGCUCUGGGCUCCUUGGAGGAAGAGCGUGUGGGAUAUAAUAAUAAUAAUAAUAAUAAUAAUACAUCCCAGGUGCUCAAAGAACUUGCUGUGGUCCCUUCUGAACCACUCGCUGUUAUCUUCUGGAAGGUGAGUGAGGUGCCCCAAGGCUGGAGAUGGGCUAAUGUCCCCAUCUUCAAAAAGGGGAGAAAAGAAGAUCCAGGAAACUGCAGACCAGUGAGUCUGACUUCGAUAUUGGAACAGAAUAUAAAGUGGCCAAUCUGUAAGCCACUGAUAGAAGCCAGUAUGGAUUUUUAAAGAAGAAAUUCUGGCAGACUUAUCCAAUCUUUUUGUGUAAAAAAAUUAAAAAUAAAUGAGGUUACUAGUUUAAUGGAUUGUGGGAAUACUGUGGACGUAAUUUAUCUUGAUUUCCACAAAGCAUUUAACAAAGAUUACCACAAUAUUUUGAUUAGCAAACUGGUCAAAUAUGGCCCAGAUGAUAACACCAUCAGGUGAUCUAGAAAAGGCUGAAAAACUGUACUCCAAGAGUGCUGUAGCUGCUCAUCAAACUUAGAGGGAAGUUUUCAGUGCCACAGGGCUCUCUCCUGGGCCCAGUAUCAUGCUAACUAUUUCAGGAGGAGAGAACUCGCUUGUCCCCCCCCCCCCCCGCCCCUGUGUUUUCACCGCAAGUAUUGUCGACCUCUCAUCUUUCACCAGCAGGGGGCCCAGUCUCCAGCAUACUCGUCACUGCAGGCCUAGAAAGAAACCUACUUAUUCGGCCGCAUGCUGCUUUUCAUUUCUUCCUCCCCUUCCCAUUCAGCCCUUGACUGGAUGGUUCUCUUGUCAUCCAAGGAGCAGCAGCGAAUCGGCUUGCAGAGCACUUUGGGCAAGAGCAGACAGAGGGGAGUGGAUGGACUCUGCCUUUGGAUGGGGGCAGAGUGGCAGAGUGAGCAGAGGAAAUGGACGGUUGCGGGGAAUGCUGUCGCCACCUUUGCCACGAGGAAGAGGGUCUCUUCUUUCUUCUUCCAGGAUCAAGUGCCUCUCGCUGAGUUUUCAGUGGCGCCUAGUAAAGACCACCUGGGCGCUCCUUUCUUCCAUCGUCUUUUAACGUAAGGGUUUGGGGGGUGCAUCUUUCUGCCUCUUAAAAGUGGGGCGUGCGUGCAGAAUGAUGGGAGACGGAGGAGGCCUAUCUCAGUAGCCGCUAGAAAGUCGAGGGCUGCAAAGUACAUAGUGCGCCCGAAUUUGUAGGGCGGGAAAAAGGCCUGUGGCUGGACAUCAGGCGUAUGCCUCCUAAAUCCAUGCCUGUAGGACGUUGAUGGGUGAAGAGAGCACCAAGGCGGUCGUGAGCUGGGGACAAUUGCCAUUGAAGUGCUGAAAAAACAAGACUAUGAUGGCACCCAAGCCAAUUGGAAAGUGGGAAAAGUAUGGUAAAAGGUACUGUAGAGAUUGGGAGAAAGAGGCUGGCUUAAAAGAAUGGAUUCGAAGUGUACCCGGAGAUGACACAAAAGCAGCAUGCAGAUAUUGCAUAUGUGAAAUUAGAGCUCACCACAGUGAUCUUGUUGCACACAGUAAAACCAAGAAGCACAAGAGACAUUUUGCUUUGCUUUCUUCACCUAAUGUGGAAAGACACCCCUAUGACUUUGAUACACGGCAUUCUUUGCAAGCUGAAAAACAAGUUUCCUUUGAAGCUGAGCAAGGCUCAUUUGAUGAAUUGAAGCAUACAAAAAUGGAUGAAUCUGUCAAUGUGUGCGCUUUGAAACUGGCAGCACACAUAGCUUGCCACAUGAGUAUUUUUACUGUUGAUCAUCUUGGAUGUAUUGUUGGUGGAAUAGCAGAGAAGGACAUAAGUCUUCAUAGGACAAAGUGCUCAACACUUAUUAGAGAUAUCAUUGGUCCUACUGUGCAUAAGGAGCUUCUCAGGGAUAUUGGCAAUGGAUUCUACUCAUUGAUUAUUGAUGAAAGUUCAGAUGUGUCUACACAAAAGCAACUUUGUUUGAUGGUGAGAUACUUCAGCAACAGGCUGAAAUGCAUAGUAUCCUCCUUUGCAGGGAUAAUUACUUUGACAGCAAGUGAUUCCGAUCUAAUCACGGAAGCUCUAUUAUCAUUCCUAAAUGAAAAUAAACUUAACAUAAAGAAGUGUGUUGGGAUUGCUGCUGAUGGCCUCAGUGCAAGCAUAUGCGGCCAUAAGAAUUCUCUGCUUAAAAGGUUUUAUGAACUUAAUCCUUGUGGUAUUUUUAUAAAGUGCAUCUGUUUCUCUCUCCAUCUCUGCUUAUCAAGGGCCAUUGACGUGCUUCCAUUGAACUUAGAAUAUAUGAUUUCGCAGACCUAUUUGUGGUUUUCUAGAAGCACCUUUCACCAGAAAAGAUACUCAGAAUUGUAUGCGGCUAUCAACGUUGGGGAAAAUGCACUGAAAAUGCUGCAGGUUACGGACACACGGUGGCUGUCCAUUAGCCCUUGUAUUAACAGAGUACUAAGCCAGUAUGAUGUUCUGAGGCUGCAUUUUCAGUCUGUAAAAGACAAUGAAAAGGACUACAGUGCAGAUCUGCUCUGUCAAAUGUAUUCUGAUCCAGUUAACAGACUUUAUCUUGUUUUCCUGCAGCCGCUUGUCCAGGAAGCAAAUAGGAUCAGUAAGUUAUUUUUGUUGGAAACCGUUAAUCCUGUUAAACUUAUUACUGAGCUAGUGAUGUUAUACCAGACUCUGUUACUGAGAAUCAUAAAACCUUGUGUCUUUCCAACAUGGAUGUCUGUAAUGAACUAUGACUUGCGAAGCAAGCGAAAUUACCUGCCCCUCUUGGAGGUGAAUCUUGGGCAAAUGUUCCUGUCAGAAUUGGCAAAUGCCAAACUUUCUUCCCAAAGUGCUGAGGUCAUCCAGUCCAAGUGUCGGGAUUGUAUCCUUGAGCUUGUAAACCAAAUAAAGCUUCGUCUGCCCCCAAAUGUACAUCAUCUUGAAUCACUCAGUGCUCUUAAUCCUUCAGUUGUUCUAAGUCCUCUAAGACCUGCAUUCUCAACUCUCUCAUUCUUGUCCUUAUAUAGAGGAGAUCACUUGAAAUUAGAACAGCAGUGGAGAAAUCUAGAUUCGGUUUUCUGGACAAACACAGAAGAUGGCCAGAUAGAACAAUUCUGGGUAGAAGUUGCAAAACACACAGAUGAAGUGGGUGAUAAAGAUUUUGUUGAGCUAGGAUUAUUUGCCCUUGCUCUUUUCACCUUGCCUUUCAGCAGUGCAGCUGUGGAGUGUACAGUGUCGCAAAUGAAUAUGAUAAAACACAAGUUAAAGAACAGACUGCAAGAUAGCCUGCUUGAAAAUAUCCUAAGGAUCAGAGCUUAUAUGCACAGAAAUAAAAUUUGCUGCAAUCAGUUCCAACCAUCUAAAGAGAUGAUUUCUUUGUUCAAUAGUGAAUUUUAUGCUGUUGCUAAUAACAAGGAUGCAGCAGAAGACUAUGAUGAUUAUGAGGAUAUCUUUUGAAAACAAUGUAAGUGAAGAGGCUUUUGCCAAAAAAAAAAAAAUACAAGGGCUGUGUAAAAGGUUGAGUAACUUUCUGUAGUUGUAAAAUUUACUGGCUGACAUCCAGACUUAACCCCACAUUGAUGCACCAGGAUUUUCCAUCAUAUGGAGGUUGGGGUUGCAGUUGUCGACUGACCCUCUGUUCUGCCCUCUGCAGUCAUCUGUGCCUCCUGAAGCUAUGUCCUUGAGGAUAAAACAUAGUUUUAGGAGGCACAGGGUCACUGCAGAGAGAAGGAAAGAUUGCUGAAUAUCAUGACCCACCCCCUCACACAAUGGAAAAUACAGUGUUUGUCCAUAUCAUCGGCCUCUUUUCUGAUAUUUUCUCAUGACCUAAUUCUGCUGUCUGCAUUUUAACUUGGCAGAGUGCUGCUUUUUUGUCAGAUGUUCCUUCCGUGAAUAAAAGUAGAGUUGUGCACAUGUAAAGGUUCCUUCCUUGAGCACAACUCUCCUAUUCCUGGAAGAACAGAAUAGCAAUGCAGGAGCACUCCACUGAAAGUUAGAAUCCAACCUAGUGUCUGUUACACUGGUUUUUCACUUAGGUACUUUUAAAUGAAACAUGCUGUUUAUUGCUAAGCAGGUAAUAUUACUUUCACGUUUUUAAUCAGUGUCACUUUCUGUAUGGUACUGUAGGCUUUCGAGUACGCAUAUUUCAUAUUUUCUCUUUGAUCAUAUUAAAUUUGCUCUGCAUUCUUAAAAGUAGUACCGAAUUAUAGCAUUCCACCUUUCAACAGUAUUUAACUUGUGCAUAUUUACAUGUUUUGAUAAAAGGUUCUGGGUUCUUAAAAGAGCUGUUUAGGUUCACUUAAAGCAUUUGUGCCAGCACAAUGGAAACCCCGCUCCUAAAAUAGCUAACCUCUCAAUUCCAUAUCACAACCUGCUUUUGAAGUGUUCUCACUUUCAUAAGUAUUUGGGCUUUGGAGAGAAAGCUGGAAGUGUUGUGUUAGAAAAACAAACCCGAAGAUCCCUUGGGGAUCUUUCAUUGGUGGUUUGGGUUCUGGCCAAUAUUUUGAAGAAACCUUUGGAAUAUCUGUAGUUGAGAAUUACAGCAGUAGGAAUGUGGUUCUGUGAUGAGAAAUAAAUUCUAAUUAAGCACAUUAAACAUAAUGUUUACUUAACUUAUCUCUCUUUUAAUGAGCGGGACAUUUCCAUACAAACUUUCAUAAGCAAAGCUGAAAAUCAUAAGGCUCUAACAGUAAAUCUGUGUGAUUGUACUAGAUAAUUUCAUUUGCCCUCAUGGUGUUAUUCCUAACAUAAUAUCAUUCCCAAACAAAUACUUUAACAUAACAAAUAGAUGUGACUGAAAAGGUGACACACAAUUAUAAGAGGAUUUGAAAAGAAGGGAUCAGCUGGCAUUCUGGAAUAAAGGUUUUUUGGUUCUGUAACUUGUUUACUUAGCUUUUCUCUCACUGGCCAAAAGCCAGGCUACUUAAUCAAGAAUAAGCACCACUGAAAUCAAUGGGACUAGUUGUUAUAUCUAAGUCUCAUUAAUUUCAGUGAGAUUUAGUCACUACUAAUUUAGUUGGGAUUGAUAUUUAAGAAAGGUUGUCAAGAUGCUGAUUUAAGGCUGUUGUCUUGAGCAAGUGUAAGUAUAAGUGUAAGUAUAAGAAAGUUCUGCUGAACUCAGGAUUUUUGAAUAAACAUAUUUAUCAACUGGCUGCAAAUGGCAACAGAAAAAGGUAUAACAGGAAAUUACUAAGCUUAAAAUGCAAUUUUUUCAAGAGGCUUUUGUAAAAAUAUAACCUUUUCUCACAUUUUCAUGUUUAGUAAAGUGUGUUAGCAUUUAUUUCUGGAUGUAUAUCCAUCUCUUAACACACAUAAAUCUUAGCACAACUUGAACAGUGACUCAGUGGCCUAAUGCAUGUAACUGAGUUUAUUCUUCUGUGCAUUAUGCAACUUGUAAACUAGAGUUGAGGAAUUUAGGCUGCAAUCUUUAAACUGUAUGAUGAGAAGUCCUGGAGAAGCUCAAAUUAACUUUGAUCCAACAUUCUUGAGAUUAUUUUAGAUAAAGCAUUUUGAGAACUGCAGUCUACUGAUAUCAAGUAUGUAUAAGAUUCAGCUUUACAUCCUCAUCCAAAAACAUAUUUACUUCAAAGUCCCCUUGAUUUCUAUAAUACUCACUUUUAAGCAAGUGUGGUUGGGAUUUCAGCCUUGGUGUGGCAACCUCUUCCUCCCUCUCUCAAGCCUUUAUUAAACAGAAAUACCUCCAUAAUUUUUUACUUUUACAUUUAAAAGGGGGGAAAAACACCCUGAAAACUGCAAUUACCUUUAAAAGAUAAUGAUCAAGUACAUACUUACAAAAGUAAUAGGUUUUGAAAAAUGAAUGUAUAUACAUCAGCAUUAUGGUUUUAUGAAUAACUUUUAAUCAACUCAUUCUUAUUAAGCAAUACGCAAUUGUAAAAAUUGGCUUUCUAAAACCAGAAAGGGAUCUAACUAUAUUAUUUAUAGUUUUGAACCAAUACAUAUGUUUUUAAUGUAUGUGCUACCUUAUUUUUAUAAUAAACUUUUAUAUUGCGA